CAGUUGUGCUGUGUUUGGACCCGUGUCCAACUUCGCUCAAACUUCCUCUUAAUGUGUGCUGGCGGUUCCAGUGGAUAUGUGAUGCAGCUCUGCAGUGGAGGGAGAUGAUGGAGGCCAGCAGCUGUAGUAAGUCGCUACACAUGUUGAAGGUCAGCAUCAAAAACAGCUCCUUCUUCGUGGAUAAAGGCACCUUGGCUGAAAACUGUGAGUACUUCAGAGCGUUGUUUGAGUCGGGAAUGAGGGAGUGCCGACAGGACGAGGUCCGGCUGCAGUCUGUCGGGGUCCUGGGGUUCCUCGUCCUGCUGCAGGUCCUGGACGGGAAGCGGCCCAUGCUCAGCAGCGACCAGAUCGUGGAAGCCAUCGAGUGCGCGGCUUUCCUCCAGGCGCCGGCCCUCACCAAGCACUUGAUGAACACCAUCGACUCCGAUAACUGCUUGGUCGCGUACCACGCGGCGUCCACCUACGGCGUGUGGGAGCUGUUCCACGGCGCAGCCCUGUUCAUCAGAGACGUGUACGGCGACCUGAGGCGGGACCUCCUCGCCCUGCCCGGCGUGCUGGUGCGCCACGUGGAGUCUCUGCCUCCAAGCACCUACAUGGCCGUGUGCAGCCACUCCCCGUGCAGCGAGCUGCUGCGGGACGCCCAGAGGACGCUCCGCUACCUGGACGAGGCGCGGCGCGAGUGGCGGGUCCUCACGCAGCUGCCCGCCGGCUCCAGCACCGCCAUGGCCGGCGUGGCCGUGCUCGACAACAGGCUCUACAUCGUCGGAGGGGUGCGCGACGUGAGCAAGGAGGUGGUGGAGACCGGCUUCUGCUACGACCCCGCGUCCAACGCGUGGUCCACCGUGCGCGGCCCCCGGCAGCCGCGUUACAACCUGGCGCUGAGCGGGAUGGAGGGCUGCCUGUACGCGGUGGGGGGCGAGUACGGCAUGAGGGCUCUGUCCUCUGUGGAGAGGUAUAAGGUGGCGGAGGGGAGCUGGAGCGCCGUGGCCCCCCUCCCGUCCCCCGCGGCCUCUGUGCCUUCGGCUGUAGCCAUGAACAGGCUGUUCGUCUGCCUGUGGAAAGGUCAAGGGGCCACGGAGCUCCACGAGUACGUAGGUGAACUAGACCAGUGGAGCCUGGUCUCCACGCUCGUACGCCGGCACAGCUACGCUCUCCACAUGGUGGCGCACAGGGACAACCUGUAUGUAAUGCGAAACGGACCCCGCGACGACUUUUUACGCUGCGUGAUGGACCGCUACAACCUGACGUCCGGCCAGUGGACGGCCGUGUCUGGUCACUACGGCAACAGUAAAGGCUCCCUGCUGACCGCCGUGGUCCGGGGGGAUUCCGUGUUCGCCCUCAGCAGACACGUGACCACAGAGUACACGGUGGACGAUUGCAGGUGGAGGGUGAAGCGGGAGGUGGGAGGUUUUGGGAGGAUCGGGUCCAUAUAUACGUUCCUGAUGAGGCUGCCUCAGGCCACGGUGCCCCUCACGGAAAAGUGUUUGGAAGUGAGUCAGGAUCAGAGCCUAGACGUCUGCCCCCGACUAUCCCCACGCUGCUCUGACAACAUGUAAAGGACAUUAAAUAAUGUAAUUUGAGAGUCACAGAGCAAAAGAAUCUAUUCAGUCUAUUUUCUUUUUUUUUUUUUGCUCAUGCCCUACAAACAUAUCUGGCUGUUUUUUUCUUGACUUUUUAUAAAGAUGUCAUUUUCUGACACUCAUCAUCAAUCAUCAUCACCAUUUCAGCUGCUUUGCUUUCAGUUUGACCUCCAUUAACAUCUACAGUACAGCCUUUAUGAGCGUUCCGUUCGUUUAAAACCUGUCUGAGGAAUUUUGGCUGAACAAAAUUACAUCAUAGUUAUAAAUAUUCAUGACAUAAGAAGGUUGACAUCCAGGCUGUGGAAAACUAAAAUGAUGUCGUGUUGAUGUUUCUCAAGGUUUUCUAUAUGUGGGAAUCAGUGUCUUCAAGUGUUUCACAAAACUCUAAAUCCCAAGCAGAUAGAGAUAUGUAGGUGGGGUUAAAUAGGCUGAAAUGCUGAAAAGAAAAAAAGGAAUCAAAAUAAAGACCAGAGCAUUCAAGUGGUCACUAUUAAACUGAAUUCAACACAGCCUUGGUGGAAUUUCAGCUUUAAUUCAUGAGUCAAGUUUGAACUGCGCCACAUCAGACUCUCAUGUUUUCAAGUCCAAACGAAGUGUGAAUAUAAUAAGCAAGUAAAAAAGAACACGUUAUGAACCAUUGUAGUAUUAAUAAGUAAUAAGUUCAGCAUCCUCACGUUCAUCACGCAUUUAACAAUAGUCAGUUGCUGUAGAGGCUAGGAUGCAGUGUGUGUGUGUGUGUGUGUGUGUGUGUGUGUGUGUGUGUGUGUGUGUGUGUGUGUGUGUGUGUGUGUGUGUGUGUGUGUGUGUGUGUGUGUGCGUGUGUGUGUGCGCGUGUGUGUGCGUGUGUGUCUGUGUCUGCGUGUGCGCUGUUGGUCAGCCCACGCGCAUCAUUAGCUCUUCGAGGGCCCGUUCUCUGUGGUUUUCGUGGACCAGCAGCACCUCCUUAAUGGCGUUCUGCUGGAAGCCCAUCUCAUUGAACUGACUCAGCAGGUGAAGGAACUCCUUGGCCUUGAGAGGGUAGAGGAAACGACAUUGUUCAUUUUACACAUCUAAAAGGAAAAGAAUCAGGUUGGACACAGUGCUGCAGCUUUCUGCACGUCUUACCUUUGUUUCACAGUUUUGAAACAUCUCCAGUGCCUCCUCUACCUGGGACAUGUCAUAACCCAGUUGACACAGGUGAUCACAGGCCAUCAGGUAACGCAAGACCUGCAGAAACAUAUGUUUAUGUAAGUCCCUCCAAAAGAUCGUCACAGAGUAUCACACUGCAGGCUCUGAUUGGUUUGUCUACACAUUACAGCUCUUAAGAUUCACACUAACUGUGAAUUUCCUUCACCAUCACGUCACGCAGCAAUAAAGCUUAUUCCCAACGGAC